AUCAUCAUCAUCAGCAGCAGCAGCAGCAGCAGCGCGGUCAUAGCGCAGCAGCAGCAGCAGCAGCGUCAGAGAGCACAACAACUAGACAGAUCGACGGACAGACGGCAGACAGGGAUGAGUCGACCUAAAUUAAUUUAGGGUCGCAAUUAUCCUGGAACUCCUCUGGGAGCUCAGCAGAAGAAAAUUAAUGAGGAAGAAGGGCGGAGAAACUCCAACGUGACAGACGAUGGAAAAGUCUUGAUAAGAAGAGGAGUACGAGAAGUAGGAGGAAAAGAAGAGGAGGAGAAGUGUCCUGCACAGAGAUGGACAUGUGUUUCUGCUGGAGACCAGAGUAAAGCUGGAGAAGUCGAGGAUGUUUCCUUCACUGGGAGCCCCUUCUGGUCACUCCACAAAGACAUGUUACGACCUGAACAUCUUCCCAACAGAGGACUUAGCUCAAGUCUGAUCUAAAGUGACUGGCACUGGUUAUGAAAAUCUGCACACCAGGAUUAAAUUGGCAGGGAGUAAGAUGUUUGUGGAGUCUGUCGUGCGAUGGGGAACCUGGAGCAUCCUGCUCCACUUUGGACUCUUUGGUGUGUUUGCUGGAGGAUGUCCUCCACGUUGUGUGUGUCAACCAGAGGCCAAGGAAGUGAUCUGCUCUGGGAAACAUUUCAACUCGGUGCCAGAAGGCUUCUCCAGCGAUACCAGGCGCUUGGAUAUUUCCCACAACAGGAUUAAAACUGUGGGCCGCCGCCAGUUCUCUGGGCUGGCAGACCUUCAGGAGUUGGACCUCAGUGAUAAUCUAAUCUCAAUGAUUGAAGUGGAGGCUUUCCAGGGACUACAGAACAUCAGAAAACUUCGGAUUAAAAACAACCGAUUGAAGAUCAUUCCAGUUGGGGUGUUUUCUGGCCUUUCAAGCUUGAGAUUUCUAGAUCUGAGCCAAAAUGAGAUUCUGGUCUUCCUGGACUAUACAUUUAAAGAAAUGGUGAAUCUUCAGAUGCUGGAAGCAGGAGAGAAUGACUUGGUGUUCAUCUCACAACGAGCUUUUUUCGGUCUACAAAAUCUUCAGGAGCUCAUCAUAGACCGCAGUAACCUGACGUCGAUUCCUACUGAGGCUUUUUCCCAACUCCAGAGUCUGACAAGUCUUAACAUGCACCGCCUCACGAUAACAACACUUCCCAACAAUGCUUUUAAACGACUCCCUCGUCUGCGCAGACUUGUCAUUUCUAACUGGCCAGCUCUGGAUACUAUUGCGACCAACAGCCUCAUUGGUCUGAACUUGACCUCACUUGUCAUCAGAAACUGCAACCUUAGUGCUGUCCCUUACUCAGCACUUCGCCAUUUGGUCUAUCUGAACUUCCUGGACCUGUCCUUCAAUCCUAUUACCGUCAUUCAGGGCAAUCUCCUGGGAGACCUUUUAAGACUUGAGGAGCUCCACCUAAUAGGGGGGAGCCUGCAACGAAUAGAACUGGGAGCCUUCAAGGGACUGGUCAAUUUCCGUAUGCUUAAUGUAACAUCCAACCAGCUCACAACCUUAGAGGAAGGGGUCUUCCACUCUGCGGGGAACCUUCAGGUUUUACGGUUGGACAAAAAUCCCUUGGCAUGCGACUGCCGCCUUCUCUGGGUGGUCCGCCGUAGAUUGCGAAUCAAUUUUGAUGGACAUCAGCCCACCUGCUUCUCUCCCGAUGCAGUGAGGCUAAGAAAAUUCAGAGACUUCGCAGAGAAAGAGCUCCCAAAGCUGUUUACCUGCCGCCCUGCUUCUAUCUUGGACCGGAGGCCACAAGAGGCCAGAGUUGAGGAGGGCACAACAGUUCUCUUCUCCUGUAAGGCAGAUGGAGACCCUUUUCCUUCCAUCACAUGGGUCUCAUCCCUAAAAAACGCAGUUUCCCCAACAGGGAGAAUCAGAGUUUUGCCCAAUGGUACACUGGAGGUUCGUUUUGCCCAAGUUCAGGACAGCGGCACAUAUCAGUGUCUGGCGAGCAACGCAGCUGGAAACGACAGUCUGACAGUCAGUCUGUAUGUGAAGGGCCUCCCGCGUAACCGAACCAUCCCUGUCUUUUUAGAAGAGGGCUGGGUAGAGCCUCCAAACCCACAAGCUGCCAACACCUCAGCUCAAAUGGCCAAGCCGUAUCCAUUUGAUGCAAAGACCCUCAUCAUUGCCACCACCAUGGGCUUCCUAUCUUUCCUAAGCUCUGUCGCGAUCUGCUUUGUCUUCAUGUUCUUCUGGAGCCAGAGCAAAGGGCAGAUAAAACACACAGCCACUAUUGACUUUGUGCCUCGGUCUUCCAUGGGUGGAGGGGGAGGGGAUGGGGAUGGUGGCAGAUUCACCAUGAAACUAAUUUGAAGCUGAGGUAAAGGUGAUGGGGGGUAUGGGUAUCUGUAUAUAUUGACUCUGAGUCCUUUGCAACACAAACGCUCCAGCGGGACUUUCAAGGACUUCUUUGCUGAAGGACAGUGGAGUCUGUCUGUGGAGUUUUUAACAUCUCAGCCACGGCUGUGCUAUCUGGCAACCCUGUGUUUUUAUACUAGACUGAUGCAGCACUGUGUUGGUUCAGAUGUGCUUCGCUCCCAUUAUUCUAUACACGGAAUGAGCAAAAUAUGUCUUUAAAUAGUAUCUUUACAUAUAGCAUGUAAUUAAAGUGUAGUUUUAUGGUUGGUCAAUAUAAGAUUACACAGAGACAGAUUUGUUUUUAUUAGUUUGAGUUAUACAGUUUAUAUUAGCUGCAUUUCAGUGGUAUGUACUGGUCUUGACCCACUACCAUCUUUGUCCAUCAUCUACUCCUCCAGGUUGUACAAAUUUAUUGACAGCUUCCUGUGUGGAUGUGUAGAUUGUAUUGAUACCAGCACCAAAAAAAAGGUGCCUUUCAAAUUGUAAACUGAAAUUGUAGUAAUAUGGCAUAAACUUUAUAUACUUCACUGUUUUCAGUAAGGCUGUAUGUGAUCACAAAGCCUAGAGUAAUGCAUCAGUGCAUUAAAAAAAAUAAGAAAAUGAACUAAACCUGAAAAUUCUGUUUAAUAAUUAGAUGUUUAUUUGCUAUAGGCUCAUAGUGUAAAUGCACUAAAAUGAGGGUGGACACAGACCAAUGCACAUCACUGUACUGUAUAUACAGUAACAUCAGGGGCUUCUCCAGACAGGAGAGACCCUAAAUGAUCAUUCUUUUGACAGACUUACAUGAAUAUGUAAAAUGUAAUUUUUACAACUGAUGGUGGCGCUCUUAAUAUUUAUGCAAUAAAUAUACAGAAAAUACAUUGUGUUUGAUCUUAUGGCAGCUUGCUUUAAAUAAUCAUGUAGCAGUGUAAAAAGACAAAUAGCAUGAAUAGACUGUAUAUAAAAUUGUAGUUGGAGUGCCAAACUAUGGGUCAAGGGCAGAGAAAGUGUCCUGUGCUGAUUUCCACAAUAGUUCCAUAGAAAAUAAAAUUGAAAAUAUCAGACUACAUGUCUAUUUGUUACAUUGACAUCAAUAAUCACUUGAUCUUAAGCCCUAGUUUUUUUCAUAGUUUUCAAUAGAACAUUCUGUCAAUUUUGUAUGAUCCAGUCCCAUUUAGAGGAAAAUCAAUAUGGUUUAAAAGUAGCCUUAUUUUUCAACAGACUUAUAUUUACAGUGUAUGGAGUUACUCCACCGAUGGCUACAUAUUUCUACAUCCUUUUUUAUAUGUAGACAAUAUUAACAUAUAAACACAAUAGGUUUUCAUUUUAGACUCCAAAAUGAGAAUGUCUGUCUUUGUUUUGCACAUCACUGAUACUACGUCAACUACGUUCUCUCAUUAGAGAUGGAUUAAACUUUACAUUUGAACUAUUGUUUUUUUCUAUUUUAACCAGAAACUGCAGUUUGUGCCUCAGUGAUACUCUUACAAUCUAUACUGAAGAAUCUGAGCGUUUAGUUUGUAGUGCAAGGCAUUUAUUCUAUAAUUUUAGAUAGUUGCGAGGAUUAGUGCAACAAUGAUACACCGCUGCUGUGUGUUA